AGGCGCGGCGGCCGCUCCUUGGUCAGGGAGGCGGGGCCGCGCAGGCGCCGUGAGCGGCGGUAGCGGCGGCAGUGGUGGUGGUAGCGGCAGCAGCUGUGUGGGGGUUCCGGAAAGAUGGUGCUGAUCAAGGAAUUCCGUGUGGUUCUGCCCUGUUCUGUUCAGGAGUAUCAGGUUGGGCAGCUUUACUCUGUUGCAGAAGCUAGUAAGAAUGAGACUGGUGGUGGAGAAGGAAUUGAAGUCUUAAAGAAUGAACCUUAUGAGAAGGACGGAGAGAAGGGACAGUAUACACACAAAAUUUAUCACCUAAAGAGCAAAGUUCCUACAUUCGUGAGGAUGAUUGCUCCCGAGGGCUCCUUGGUAUUUCAUGAGAAAGCCUGGAAUGCAUAUCCCUACUGUAGAACAAUUGUAACGAAUGAAUAUAUGAAAGAUGAUUUCUUCAUUAAAAUUGAAACAUGGCACAAACCAGACUUGGGAACAUUAGAAAAUGUACACGGUUUAGAUCCAAACACAUGGAAAACUGUUGAAAUUGUCCACAUAGAUAUUGCAGAUCGAAGUCAGGUUGAACCAGCAGACUACAAAGCUGAUGAAGACCCAGCAUUAUUCCAGUCAGUCAAGACCAAAAGAGGCCCUUUGGGACCCAACUGGAAGAAGGAGCUGGCAAACAACCCUGACUGUCCUCAGAUGUGUGCCUAUAAGCUGGUGACCAUCAAAUUCAAGUGGUGGGGGCUGCAAAGCAAAGUAGAAAACUUCAUUCAGAAGCAAGAAAAAAGGAUAUUUACAAACUUUCAUCGCCAGCUUUUUUGUUGGAUUGACAAGUGGAUUGAUCUGACAAUGGAAGAUAUUAGGCGAAUGGAAGAUGAAACUCAGAAAGAACUAGAAACAAUGCGUAAGAAGGGUUCCGUCCGAGGCACGUCGGCUGCUGAUGUCUAGAUGAGUCCCCUGUAGGGUCAGAGACAAUAUCAAACUGUUUACGUAAUCAAGGUCAAGUGAGGGGAACAAGUGCAGCCAGUGAUGAGUGAAGAAAACUGACCAGUAUCCUGCAGUGUUGGUGUUUCCCAGACAUGUGCUUGUGAUUAUGUAUUCACAUGCACAGGUUCCCAGCCACGUGUAUAUAUAUGUUUGUGUGUGUGUGUGUCUGUAGCUGUAUAUAAAGCGCAUGUAGAGCUACAGAUCAGAAUACACACACUUGUGUAUAUAUGUACAUAUAAACCUACAAGGGAUUAGUACAAUUUCUCCAAAGUACUGUACCUAUCUUCGUCAAGAAUGCAAAAGAAAAUAUUUUCAGUAUCUAUACCUGAAACAGAUUUUAAUAAUCAGAGUAAUACCAUUAAUGGACAAAUUAAAUUGACUGCAGUGUAAUACUAGCUGGUAUGUUUCAUAAAUGUCAAGUUGUGGACCAAUAUAUAUAUAUAAUAUAUAUAGCCUUCUAUUACUUUUCUGUUCUUUUAAAUCGGUCUCUUAAAAUUUUUAUUUUAGUCUCAUAAGCAACAGACUCCCACAGAAAAAUUUAUUCAAAAUCUAUUGGUAUUCCAAUGAAUCUGGAAUGUAAACGCUGAGUGUAUAUAUAACGAUUUAUUUCUGGACGGUUAUUAUCUUACAGCCAAAUUGGACAAUAUCUAUCAGUAAGGAGUAAAGUUAUAGGCCAGUUUUUACUUGUUUGCCCUGAGGGACAAAAUCCUUUUAAAAGAAAAAUCCAGUUUUUAUUGGAUUUUUGUAUUUUAAAUUUCAAGUAUUUUUCUACAUCAGACUUAGCAAAAAACAGAGAUGAUGGUUUGUGAUGUAUAAUAAACAGUAUACAAUUUUCAGGCUCCUGUUAGGCAAACAAAGAAGUUGAUGAAGAAAUUAAUAGCAUUGUAGGCUGUUCAGGAACAUGGGAAGUGCACUGCUUCCACGAGUCUUGUUUUAGAAGAGACUGUUUUCUAAAAUUACAGCUUGGAAACUAUGCAAAUGAUCUAGAUUCCUCACAGCUUACACGAUAAGACUAUAGAUAGUGACGGUGUUUUGCUCUUUUCGUGUUGCAACACACUUUAAGGAGGAGAUACUGACUUUGAAAUAGGAAGAAUUUAAGAGGCAGCAUGAGUUUGCCUGCACACAAUUAGGAGGCCCUGCUGAGGGGCCAGUGCACCUCCACCCAUUUGGCUGUGCUUUCAAGUAGGAUGUCAUUGGAACAGACCCUGAAUAAACAUCAUGAAAAUGCCUGUUAGAAGCUGCUGCCACCUUUUUGUUUUAAAGAAAGGAAGGACAGCUAGGUAUGAAUUUUAUCAGCUUUCUUUGUCCCAAUCCAGUUUUUCUCCUGUCAGUCCUGGAAGCUUGAAUAGAAUGAUACUGUUGAAGCCUUCAGGUUACAAACUGUCCUCUUUAACGUCCCGUCCCUCCUACAACACACCAGCCCCUGUAGUCACAUCACAUUAGUAAUCUGAUUUGCUGACAGUCCUGCUCCCCCCACUUUCGCACAUGUCAUGUGUCCCCACUGAAGUGAUCGUAGUGACUCAGACAAGGAUGUCUUCUGCAUUGUGGUGCGCUUCUCCUCGGCUACAAAACCACAUUGCGUAUGUCCUCUGUGUACUCAGGAUCAAGACUGAUGUUUACUCUCUGAGCACUGUUGUAAGAUAGGUUUUGUCAACGCAUAAUCAUUGUCUGCAAAAUGUUUGAUGUGAGGAAGAUUAUUGCUAAUUUUGUGAAAUAAAGAGUCUAGUCCUCUCCUCUUAAUGAACUUAACUCUCGCUGGCAUCUGUAGCAUCGUUGGGAGCUGGGGCGCACAUGGAAAUGAGAGCCCAACGCAUGGAUUUUAAUGUUUUUCUAACAACUGUGGAGAUUUGAGGGAAUGUGUGGUGAAUGUAAAAUAUCUAGUUUACUUGGCAGUCUCUUGUGUAAAUUACAGUAAAACAAAGUAAAUGAAAUUUAAACAAAAAAUAAAUUUGAUCACAAAAUGCCA